CCGCAGAACGGCCAACAAGUACUCGUCCCUGCUUUCAUCCUGUGUAUGCGCGCGCUCUCUCUCGAACGACCUUUGACGUUCUGCGACUUCAUUUUCGUAAUCACCGUGAUUCAAAUCUUCAAGCUACGUCUGGCAAGACCACGAACGCGGGCUCUUUUCUGACCCCAUGAGCUCACCUGCUUCGCUGCGCGAUUUGUAUGCCACUCCACCAAACCCUUGGUCGUUCAACGAUGCGCCCGCAAACGGCACUGACGCGACGGUUUCCGCGCCGUCCACCUCGUACCAGUGGACGGCACCUCCAAGCUCAAAUUCGCAAGCGCUACUUGGCCUGACGGCGCCGGAUGACGAGGGCAUGGAUGCGAAGGCCGUGGCGGUCGGCUUGGUCACCUCGGCAUUGCUGCAGUAUGCGACGACCGCUGUGGCGAUCCCGUGGGAAGUCGGAAAGACGUUGCUGCAAGUACAAUGGAUUCCGAGAGACCUCGAGGCUCUGCCUUCGAGAGACUUGCCGAGGGAGACAGACGAGGAGGAAGAGAUGAGCGAUGACUCCCCGGAAGAAGAGUCGUAUUUUGCAGAUCCUCAAGCUCUGGAACGUAACCCACCUUUGCCUCGAAUGACAGAUGAGAGGGGUUAUGUCAUUCGCCAAUCCAUUGCCGACGAAGAUGUUGUCCCAGAAUACAUCCUUCCAGUGGGGAGCGCGUCCGGCACUUGGGACAUGAUGGUUCGCCUCAAAUCGUUCAAGCCAGAGGGAUGGCUCUCUCUAUGGAAGGGUCUCCUCACAUCUGCCGUGACUGAGAUCCUUUCCACCGCUCUACAGCCAAUAGUUCGUACACUAUUGGAGUCGCUGCUUUCACCUCUUCUGCCAUCACUUGACUCGCCAUCCGGCUUGUUCUCGCCUCCACCAUUGCUGAUCCCCGUAGCAUCCCAAGUAAUCACGGGAUUUAUCCUCUCCCCUCUGGAUUUGGUCCGUACGCGACUCAUCGUCCAGUCUUCCCGGUUCCCUACCUACAGCGGACCCAUCGACACCCUCAGGAAGAUUCUGAAACAUGAAGGCGGCCUACAGGGAGUGUAUUUCCACCCGCACCUCUUUGUGCCAACCAUCAUUGACUGCACACUGCGGUCUGUCGCACCGUUCGUUAUGCCAGGCAUGGUCGCCUCCCACCUAGGCAUCUCGUCCGAAGCCCACCCUAUACUUGUGGGCUGUGCCGAGUGCAUUGGGACCAUAAGCUCUCUUUUGGUCACUAUCCCCUUCGAGACUGUGCGGCGAAGGCUUCAGGUCCAGGUCCGGGGUACCGCAAAACCGCUCAGGCCCUGCGUCGAGCUGCGCCCUGUGCCCUAUAAUGGCAUGGUCGAUGCCUUCUGGCACAUUAUCACCGAAGAACGUUCCGAUAUUCCCUUGAAACCCAAGCGGCACCGCCGCAAGAGCGUCACGGCGAAAGGCAAGGCAGCUGAAGAGGGGACUGAGAAGGAGAGCUGGUUGAGGAAUACCGGCAUAGGACAGCUGUAUAGAGGUCUUGGACUUCGUCUCGGCGCUAACGUGUUGGUCUUCGUCCUGGCGAUGACAACAGGUAGGGACGAACCAGACGCAGGAUGGGCAGAGCUGUAAUAUCUUUUUCUAAUCUCAGUUGCGAAAACAGAGUCCUCACUCAUUCAU